GGGGAGGAGACUGUUGACGUGGCUCCGGGACGGCAAGGACGAGAUCCCGCCGCAGAAACGGAGUCUGGCUCCCACCGCCACAUCAAAUUACAAGAAAAUUGCAGCGCAACCAUCAUCCAGAACGUCCUGAAAUCGGGCCGAAGCCACAUCGAGACGCACCGGGAUAGCAGCUCGAAAGGCCCCGGGGACAUAUGGGGAGGAACUGAAUUGUCUGGCAUCAGGACCAGCGCUGGGGGAGGAGGCAGCUUUCUCCCAGACAAAAGCGUCGGCAGAGGCCACUGUUCCUUUGAUAAGCCCUCCCUCCACCGAGCCAGCAGGGGAGCACCCCACCCAACUUUCAGACCUACUCAAAGUGUUUCCAGUGGCUUUUCCGUACGAAUGACCUGUCUUGGCUCACACUUCAGACUUUCCUAACAUCUCUCAAAUAAGCAGCACCUGGCCUCAGCGUGCGGCACCUCUUGCUAAGUGGCAACCAGCCGUGUUUUGCAGCUUGGCCUCUUCUGAGCACCCCCAAGCCCAGCGCAAGCAGCAGCUAUCUGCAGAUCGCUUUGUAACUCUGGCCAGGUGGCCCCGGGCAGAACACAGGCAGGGUCUGGUCUUGGCCUGCACCUCCCGGAAGGUCCCAGAGCCAGUGCACCCAGUGGAUAGCUUCAGACCACAUUGAAGCACCAAACGACCUCCUCCACAAGGGACAUCCUCAAGGGGUGGACUUAGCAGGCACUAGAGCUCUGCUAGAGUAAGUCCUGCUUUGUGUGUGUGUGUGCACAGUGACUGGGGAGGCUGUGCCACUGAACUCUACAGGACACCUACUAUUGCCACUGAAUCCUACGGGACACGUGUUAUAGGCCACUCUGCCAAGCCUGGAGAUACAGCAGCUCUACCUAAUACAUAGAAACAAACACAGAGAAGGUGCCAAAAGGAGGAGACAAAGAAACAUGUCCCAAAGGAAAGAACAGAACAAAACUCCAGAAAAAGAACUAAGCAAAAUGGAGACAAGCAGUCUACCAGACGCAGAGUUCAAAACACUGGUGAUAAGGGUGCUCAGUGAGCUUAAGGAAACAGUAGUUGAACUUAGAGAGGACUUCAAUAGCAUGAGAAAGGACAUGGAAACCAUAAAAAAGGACAUAGAAAUCAUAAAACAGAGCCAGUCCAUGGUGGCCCCUGGCCAGCGGGCACCAUCUAUGGUGGGCACUGCGGCCCAAGGCGGGGUGUAUGGCCCUUCCCCGGCCCAGCUUGCCCAGCUCGGAGCCUCGGCCCCCAGUGGGCAGCUGUGCAUCUCCAACAAAUUCCUGGCCUGGAGCGGGCUCCUGGAAUGGAAGAGGCCCACUUCCUUUGCGGACACCAAGACCAAAGCGAUGCAGUCACUGCCUUGCCAGGUCUACGUGAAUCCCAGCGAGAACCUGAAAACAGCGCAGUGGCCCCAGAAGCUGAUGGUGCAUCUCAUCCGUGGGCAGCUGCUGGUCUCCCUGGCCCCUUUGCUCCGGAAGUCAAGGAAGGUCCAGUUCCUUGUUACCAACAAAAACCUGGAGUCCGUCAAACUCUUCUACCGUCUCAUGGACAAGGGCUAUGUGGGCUGCAUGCACCUCCCCCAGCAGGCCCCCGGGGAACCGUACCUACUGAUGCUCAUGUACUCAUCCAAGAGAAAAGCCUUCCUGGGCCUCGUCCCCGAGGACCAGAAGGGCAUAGUCAAGGGUAUCCGGCGGAUCAUCAACAACCACAGACAGAUGAAGCAGCAGCGGCUGGAGCAGCUGGGCGGGAUGGAGGCACAGCAGGCCCCCCCAGGGCCCAUUCUGGAGGACCAGGCACUCCAGCUCUGCCCCCCACAGCCUGAGCCUCAGGGCACUGUGGGGGCCCCUGAGGCCGAAGGGCAGGCCAAGCCCCAAGAUGCUGCCCAGAACCCCCCAGGCACUACCGAAGGCCCCCCUGGAGCAGCUCCCAGCCCACCCUCUUCUGGGCCUGUCCUUCCAAACCAAGGAAAGCCUUGAACUGUCACGGGGAAGGAGCCUAGGGAGACAUGCGUCCACUACAUGUGGAUCCUGGAGCACAAAAAGGACAUUUAGGGAAACCGAGGGAAUCUGAAUCAAGAUAGACCAGUCAGUAACCUCUCAACACUGUUUCACUAAUUGUUGCAAAGAUACCAUACUCAUCUAAAAUGUUAAGAAUAAGGGAAACGGGUGGGGGGUGGAGGUGGGGCUUUAUAGGGACUCUACUAUCUUUGUAAUUUCUCUGUAAACCUAAGACUUAGAAUAAUAAAGUUUAUUUUUAAAACGUC